UUAUCUGGUUUAUCCGGUGAAAAUGGUAUCCUUGCAGUUUCUGUAAAACAUCGUCAAAUUCUGGAAUAUGCCAGAAAUGAUUUCUUCUCCAGAAUUCGUCAGUGAACCCAAUUUUAUGACGCAGUACAUGCCCACCAUUGCACGCUCUGGUGUCAUUGUAAAUGCUGCAUUCCCCAACUUUGAGCAAGAUGGAGGACUGCCUCGUAGGCCUUCCAGUGCCCUAUCAGGACUGCGUGCCCCAACGCCAUUUGCAGAAAAUUCCAGCCUGAUAAGUGAGGACUCUUUGGAACAACAUGAUGCUGGUUACAGACAACCAGAACUGCGACCAGACCCUAGAGGACAUAUGUCUGUGUAUAAAGAGGCCAUGUAUGAAAGAGAAGUUAGCAGAAGCAGGCCACAAAGUAGAAACAUGUUUCGGGAGGAUGAAGUGUUAAGAGAAGAACUGAAUGACCCGUUGUUGAAAAAACUUGAGCAGCUGAAGGAACUACAACAACAGAAACAAGAGCAGCUAAAACAGCAACAGAUGGAACAGCUCCAAAAGCUCAUGGAAGAGCAGAAGAUGCUGAUUCAUAUGUCAAGGCAACCUGUAUACUCAGAAUAUGACCAGCAAAACCUCCUAUCGGCACAUAUUGGUGGCUCCGUAUCGCAAAAAAGUGUGUCCCGUCUUAUGUCUCCGGUCAGUGGGAAUAUCCCCAGAGAGUACUUGUACAAAAAGCUUGAGCUGUCUAGGAGUUCGUCCCGGCCAUCAUCUAUGCUUGCUCAAGAAUACAGUCCAAAUAAAUCGAAAACAUUAGAGGAUUUGUUAAAGGAAGAGGUCGUAGAGGAUUAUAGUGGUGAUGAAGAUGAUACAGAAGAGUCAGCACAUGAUGAUUCCUUAAAGAAAAGCCUUAGAACGAAUAAUGUGGAAGCAGAAGAAAGACCAAUAGUUUCAAGCAUCAAGCAGAGAAAGGCAUCAUUUGAAGAAUUCUUGGAGGAACAAAUGAGGAUUGAAGAACAACGACUUCAAGAAACUGAACACAGACAGGGCCCAGAAGCUCAGGCAAAGAGCAAACUUGUAGUAAAAAGACCGUUUCUUCGUCGGGGAGAAGGGCUGGCCAGGUUUAAAGUUGGAAACAAGAAACUUCCGAAAUCUCAAGAAUCUAAAACCAAUUCUGAAAAACUGUCCAAUUCUGAGAACGCAGUUCCUCACAAAGCUGAGAAAGCUCAAGUCCAUAGGAAAGUUGCUCUGUUGACUAAAGAGCAAGGGUUAGAAAAUUAUCUUGGAUCAACAAAGGUGACAAAUCAAACUGUGAAAGAAAAAACUGAAUUGGUUCAUCAAAGACAUUUUAAAAACAAGAACACAAAAAACAGAACUAUUUUAUCACAGGGGCAGCAGGAUAACAUCUCAUCCUCAAGUGGGAGAAGUUCUGUGACGCUCGAAAGGUAUGCUAGUUCAGAAACUGAUAAAGAAAAUGUUGACAACACUAAGUCAUCUGAACCACUAAGGAAACCAGGUUCUAAGGUGCAAGAGGCAAAAAAUCCAAAUGGUUCUUCACAGAUCAGUGACUUGCACACUGAGAGUUCUAACCCAGCAGAAUUUUCAUUUGAAAUCUCCUUCCAAAAGAGGAAAGCACAAUGGAACAGAGAUAAGCAGACUGAAAACUAUGAAUUAAAUGAAUUCCUCCUUCUAGAGCAAGCUGCUGAGGACAUAUCAUUCUCCAGCAACUCCUCUUUUGUACAGAAGCUCCUUGAUCAAAAUUAUCUAAUUGAUAAUGGGCUGCGCAGGUUGUCCUCCACUCCUGUGAAAUCUGCAGAGAGGCAUCAGGAAAAAGGGUUCAGCAGUACUAGGAGCGCAAAUGGUGGUAGACUGAACCACAAAACUGAGGAGUCUGUAUGUGUCUCUUCUGCUGGGCUUGGCGAACAGACUCAGAAGUCAAAUAAAAUAACCAAAGGUCGUGGAGAUGAAAUUAAAACCUCCUCUAAAGAUUCUGAACCUGCUACAAGUGAGGGGGACUAUGCUUCCUCAGGGGAUGAACACAACAAUUCAGCCUUAAGUGGAAAUGAAGAUCUGGAAAGUGAGGACAGUAGCGGAGAAGUUGACCCUAAAACUGCUGAACUGAAAGGACCUUCUAAAAAACUGAACAAGGAAACUAAGGGUAGAGAUCUUGACUUGGACUUGUCAGAUGGAGAGGAUCAGGACAAUGAAGAAAAAACUUUGUUGGCAAAUGAUAGCAAAGUGUCUCUAAAAGAUGACAGCUCAUCUACUUCUAGUGAAAGUGAGGUUGGGUUUGAUGAUGAACGGACGUGGGAUGACCUUGGCAAUGUGCAAAGCCUUAAAGGUGUUUAUGAAAGCAGUUUUGCCAACAAGAAGUUUAUUCCAUCUGAGUAUUCUAGCAGAAGCCCUACAGAUGUUCCUGACAAAACCAUCACCAGGAAGGUAUCAAAGAAAGGAGAUCCAGCGAAGACCGGAACUGCUGGUUCCCCUGACCCUCCAGCAUCUGAGCUGAUGCUGAAAUUAUUUCCAGCACUAAAGCCAAAAUCAAAGCCGGAACCUCAGGUUUUGUCUAAACCCGCGCCAGUUCAAGAAGGCCCAGGGGAUUUUGCUAGAUCUCAGCUCUUGAAAGAAAAACUAGUUGAGUUGGAAACUGAGAUUGAAAGAUUUAAGAUGGAGAAUGCUUCGUUGGCAAGACUCCGUGAGGACAAGGAGAAAACUUUGCAGACUCUCAAGGAUAUCCCAAUGUUUCUGAAUCUCAUCCUGUGUCCUAAUUUAAAGCAGCAGGUGAAAGAACUUCAAGAAGAACUGAAGAAGAAAGAGACAAAAUGGUCCACCACUCAUGUGCGCCUUAGGAAUCAAAUAGAGACUUUGACCAAAGAGAAUACUGAACUUCGAGAAGAAAUAAAGUUUAUAGAAAAAGUUCGCUUGGAGUCUUGGAAGAAAGCUGAAGUAGGAGACGGCAAAAAGAAAAGUGACGCACAUGCAACACUUUUGAGAAGAUCAGAGUCUAUGAGGCGUACACCUGUUCCUGAACCAGAAAAGAACAUAAAAGUCCUCAGAAGUCAGUCUCCAAUUAAAGGACUGUCCUCUCGGAGUUUCAGGCAGAUGUCACUUGGUGAGUCUAGUAAUUCUGAGCUAACAAGAGUGAAGAUACCAGAGUCAGCAGCCAGUACAGUUUCCCAGGUUUCUGAAAAGGUGCUGCCCACGGAAAUGAAAAGUGAGAGCUUUCCUGUGAAAGAAAGUGAUGAUGUCCAGGGAGAAGUAUCCUAUCCAGAUGGGAAGGUGGAGCGGAUUCUGAAAAAUGGCUGUCACGUUAUUUUAUUUCCAAAUGGGACACGGAAGGAAGUGAGCGCUGAUGGAAAAGCCACGACUGUGACCUUCUUUAAUGGAGAUGUCAAGCAAGUGAUGGCAGAUCAGAGAGUGAUUUAUUACUAUGCUGAUGCUCAGACUACACACACAACAUAUCCUGAUGGAAUAGAAAUACUUCAGUUUUCCCAUGGACAAAUAGAAAAACAUUUUCCAGAUGGAAAGAAGGAGAUCACAUUCCCCGACCAGACAAUAAAAAACCUCUAUCCUGAUGGAAAGGAAGAAAGCAUUUUUCCUGAUGGAACAAUUAUAACUUCUCAUCUCGAUGGAACCAAAGUAAUAGAAUUUGACAAUGGUCAGCGAGAACUGCACACACCCCAGUUUAAAAGGCGAGAGUAUCCAGAUGGGACCAUCAAGACUGUGUACACCAAUGGCCAGCAAGAGACCAAAUACGCAUCUGGGAGAGUUCGGGUUAAAGACAAAGAUGGCAAUGUCAUUAUGGACACUAAAAUGUAACAACUUAAGUUUCCUGAAGGCAUAUCUAUUUAUAAAAUGUAAUAUUUAAAUGUUUGCACUGAAUGUGUACAUAUUCUUUUAUAAAAGCAGAUUGUGUAAAUGUACUUAUUGU